CGAGCCCGGGAAUGGGGCGGCGCUUAUGAGCCGGUAUAUGGAUGCGCACGUUGCCCGUCUCUGACACCCGCUCGCCCUUUCGGCCAGGUAACGGCAUCUCUGAGGGGAGACCAUCAUGGCAGCAGAGGCAGCGCAGGCGGGCGGCUUUCUGGGCCGAGCCCUCUCGUCCACCGAGCCUGCUCCGGCCCUAGAGAUCGGCGGCGGCUGCGGGGCAAUGGCCGAGGCGCGGGUGCUGGUGAUCAACACGGGAGGGACCAUCGGGAUGGUGCUUCAGCCGGAGGGCCUUGCUCCUGAGGCUAACAUGCUAGCAGGGGCCCUGAAGAAGAUCCCAAUUCUUCACGAUGCAACAUAUGCCAAGGAAACUAAUAUGUAUUCCCGCCUUCACCUUGGAGAUGACACCUUGGUGCUUCCCAUUUCUAGACAAAAUAAAAGAAUUAUCUACACCAUCCUGGAACUUUCUCCACUGCUUGAUUCUUCAAACAUGACUCCGGCUGAAUGGGACAAGAUUGGCAGUCUUCUUGAGAUACACUACGAAAAGUAUGAUGGCUUUGUGAUCCUUCACGGCACAGACACAAUGGCCUAUACCGCCUCAGCAUUGUCCUUCAUGUGUGAGAACCUGGGUAAAACCAUUGUUCUGACAGGAUCUCAGGUACCCAUAUACGAACUGAGAAAUGAUGGUAGAGCCAAUCUGCUGGGGUCACUGCUCUUUGCUGGACAAUUUGUAAUCCCUGAGGUGUGCCUGUACUUUCAUAAUAAACUGUACAGGGGAAACCGGGUGACUAAGGUGGAUGCAGAGAGUUUCAAUGCCUUUUCCUCACCUAACCUGCCUUCACUUGCAAAUGCUGAGGUGGAUAUUAUAAUUAACUGGGAGACCGUUUGGAGGGCCAACACUACCAAGAAAUUUGCAAUCCACAAAAUGAAUUUUGAUCUACAUGUUGGCCUACUGAGAAUCUUCCCAGGGAUCACUGCUGAAGCGGUGAAGGGGUUUCUUCAGAGUCCAAUAAAAGGGAUUGUGCUUGAGACCUAUGGGAGUGGGAAUGCCCCCAAUAAUUGCCCUGCUUUGUUGGAAGAGUUGAAGAAAGCAACCGAUCGUGGUGUGGUGAUUCUGAAUUGCACCCAGUGUCUGCGAGGAAGUGUUUCUUUAGUCUAUGAAACAGGAAAGACCCUUAUGGACGCAGGUGUAAUUCCAGGAGGAGAUAUGACACCUGAAGCUGCUCUUACCAAGCUGGCCUAUGUCCUGAGCAAACCUGGUACCUUGGCUGAGAAGAGAGAGAUGGUGAAGGAGAAUCUGAGAGGAGAGAUGACUGUUGUACCCAUUGGAACCAAGAUCACCCUCAAAGAUAGCAAGUUUAUUCAAGAGAUUGCAAAAUACUUGUUUAUCAGCUGCAAGGAGGAGCUAGCAGCUGUUAGAGAUGCUUUGACUCCUCCUUUGGCCUGUGCAGCGGCAAAAAAUGGUGACAUCGAUGCCCUAACAGCCUUACAGAAUAUGGGUGGCAACUUGAGCUCUGAGGAUUAUGAUGGUCGCACACCUCUUCAUGUUGCAUCCUGUGAAGGUAAUUUGGAGAUAGUCAGACAUCUGCUGGAGUCUGGGGCAACUGUCUAUGCCAAAGACCGAUUUGGAGCUACUCCACUGCUGAAUGCUAUCAAGUUCAGGCACCAUGAUGUGAUCCGCUUGCUACGCACAACGGGAGCUCACCUUUCAAGCCAAGAGCUUGUGAAUGUUGGAACAGAACUCUGCAGUCUUGCUUUUAAUGGAGAUGUUGAAGGACUACAGGCCUGGCAUCUGGCUGGUGUGGAUCUCAAGCAGCCUGGUUAUGAUGGGAGCACUCCAUAUGCUGUGGCAAGAGCUGCAAAGCGUGUGAAAGUCAUGGAGUUUUUAUGUCAGCUGGAGGCCUAAUUUGAUACUUGGAGCUUCCCUCAGGCAAGAUGGGGAGGAAAGGCACACAUCGCUGCAAGCAACACAGAGAACAAUUGAAGAAUGCAAGCUUAUGCUCACUGUUUUUAGUAAAGAGAGUCUAUUUUCUUAUUUUUUUAAAAAAGAAGAAAGUAAUGCUUAGCAAAGGACAUUGCAAUACUUCAGAAUCGGUGCUCAUACUAGCCUAUUGAAUCAAUUUGUGUUUUCAGGAAGGAAUGUGUGAUGAU